AUGAGCUUCAGUGGAAAUGGCAACGCGACGAUCCGGUGCAAGUACUGCAGCGCGUGCCUGACCGUGAUCCCCGGCGAGCGCGCCAUCCAGUGCGCGCAAUGCAACUGCGUGACGCGCAUCCGGCGCGCCGACCGCAUCCCGGUGGCGCGGCCGGCGCACGUUCCCGCGGCGUUCCAGCGCGCCCGAGGCAAGAAGCGCGCCGUCCUGAUCGGCAUCACGUACGCCGGCAUGCGCCGGGGCUGCGGCGAGCUCAGGGGCCCCGUCAACGACGUCAAGUGCAUGAGGAACCUCCUCUGCCAGCGCUUCGGCUUCCCCAGCGAGUGCAUCAUCAUGCUCACCGAUGACCAGAAGGACCCGUUCAGGCUGCCGACCAAGGACAACAUCCGCAUGGCGAUGCAAUGGCUGGUGCAGGGGUGCAGCAACGGCGACUCCCUGGUGUUCCAUUUCUCCGGGCUGGGCGCGCAGGUCGCCGACGAGGACUGCGACGAGCUGGACGCGUACGACGAGGCCAUCUGCCCGCUGGACUUGUUCCAGAAGGGCCCCAUCCUGGACGACGAGAUCAACGAGACCAUCGUCCGCCCGCUGGUGCACGGCGCCAAGCUGCACGCCGUCGUUGACGCCUGCCACAGCGCCACCGUCCUCGACCUCCCCUUCCUCUCGCAACAUGUCUCAGGACCGGAACUGCUGGCGGCGAUGGGAGGAUCACCGUCCCCCACGCCGGAGGCCUGCGCGAUGGUGGGGGCCAUGACGCACAGCUUCAUCAAGGCGGUGGAAUGCGAGCCGCAGGGGGUCACCUACGGCCGCCUGCUCACCUCCAUGAAAGCCAUCAUGACCAACGCCGGCGGCUGCAACCAGCUGCAGGGUCCUAUCGGCGCCGGCGCGCCCGCACGCAAGGUCGCAAACUUCAGCGGCGUGCAGGAACCUAACCUGUCCUGCUCGGAGAUGUUCGACGUCUACCGCAAGCCCUUUGCGCUGUAA